GGAAGGGGCUCACCUUUCGUUACCGUUCUGGAAACGACAUCCACUCUGCUCAUCACUUCCUUGCUGAAACAAGGAAUUGAGCUAGCGGUUGCUUAACACACUGGUCUUCACUCACGCUCCGAUGGCUGAGGUACUUGCACCGAUAAUACAACAAUCCGGUUCCAUGACCAUGCUUCAUUCUCCUUCGGAUGCCUUCCAGAAAACCUCCCAGCCUUCACAUUCCUCUCGCUCAAACCAGAUGCCGCGAACACAUACAUACAAUAGUCAAAAUGGAGGAUCAGGAUAUAGAGGCACUUCAGCUGCUCCUGUGGCUCCAUACGCCUUCUCAGCGACGCCCCAGUUACGGCAGGAGCAACAUCGCACUUUGUCUGCCCCGUCUGUCCCACUUGUGAACCCAGGCACAUCUGGUAACAUGAACCCAAGACAGUGGCAGCCAAGUCAUGUCUCCACCGCGUCAGACUCUACAGCGUCUACGGUGUCGUCUGGCAAUUCAGUUUCGGCAGCGAAAGGCGAUGCUUCCAAGACUGAAAAAUCGUCAACAAUUCCACCUUUCGCCGCCGCUCCAGACCUCUCACUCGCCUUCGAUUCUGUCUCGAAGCCUUCGCCCGAUCGUUAUCGUCGCUCUGCUCGCCGUACAGAGCAAGGAAGUUCAUCCUCUUUGCCCAUAACACCACCUACCAUGUCCAGGUCUGCCAUGCCUUCUGGUUCAGGCAUGCCCAAUGUCGCGCAUCUUUACAAUCUCAACGUACAGCAACCUAUUGCACCUGUCCAUCAUCGCACUACCAGCGUCGAUGACUUGCACGUACGCACUGGGGCCUCAGAUCAGGCAAAGAGAUACAGACGACGAAGUUUGGGUGGACUAGACGGAGACGCUUUCACGAAUGCUCCUCGAUUCGUUCAGCCUACCACGAAGGCUGUAGAAAAACCUCCGAUCAAAGGCCCAGACUCGAAUGACGCUAGGCGAUCACCGAAUGCCGAUCGACCGGCUAGCCAUACAAGACAAGGUAGUCAUGAUAGCGGGUCUUCUCACCGACCGUCCUCGAGGGCCUCGUCACGCCCAUCUUCAUCGAAACAAGACCAAACGAGGCCAGCGUCUUCUGCAGGCUCACGAAGCGACCAAAGGAACAUCAACAUUCCCCCUCGAGGCUCUUCGGAUGCCAACAAGCGCCUCGUCGCACCCUCCCCAUUGUCUAAGCCAAUGUCCAGCGGCGAAACUGACUCAGUCACGCCAUCCACUCCUACCGAGACUCCACAAAGUCCAGCUGUUCAGCGGCUCACGGCUUUGAACGAUGGAAAGGCUGAUAACAAGGGGAUGAAGUCGAGGCUUCGAAGAGCCUUUUCAUUUGGUUCUGCUGCCGAGUUACGACGAGCCACUGCAGAGAACAAUCUGACAUCUGAAAGAGCAAAGCUUCGAAAGGAAGGGCCCCACGACGAACUUGACCCCGAAGAUGCUGCCAUUGCUGCAAAGCAAGAAGCUGCUGGCAUUGGUGCCGGUAUCUACUCUGGACAAGGUGGGUUCUCGGGCUCAACCGAUAAUCUGUCUAUCUCUUCAACGGCUUCUUCGGCCUCUAUAAUGCUCCGAAAGAUGGGCAAGGGCAUGAAGAAGGGUGGUCGCUCCAUCAAAGGGCUUUUCAGGCCAAAGUCUGUCAUUGGAGUCCCGGCUGCGGAUACUGCGCUUGCGCAACCUAGCCAAGCCCAAGUCUCCAUGGUCACAGUCGAAGCUGAAAGGGAAAAGGUCAAUGUCAAUGCCGACCCGCACGAUCAAGUCGGGGGUGGUACUGCUUAUCCGAAACUAGAGCGUAAUUCCAUCGAUGCCUCUACAGUGACGGAUGUUGGACGUCCUUCGUCGAUGCGGGGUCAGGCUGGUGAUGCAUCUGGUCGGAAGAGCAUUAUGGGAGGGGAUCGCGAGCGUGCUGAAGUACUGGCUGGUAUCAGGAAGGGCAUCCUUAAACGUCCGAUGGACGGUUCUUCUCCCAUCCUUCGGCCCGUCGAUGGGCUGCAACAGGUUGAGACACCGGUGUCGAGUGCCCCCAGUACCCCCAAGGAUGAUCACUCUCGUCCUGUGCAACUUCCCAUUACCGAAGAUUACUUCAAUGGCAUACCACGCUUCGGAAAUUCCAGCACGAAAAGUCUGCCAAACACACCCAACUCCCGUAACAUCUCGUUCAGUCCGCGCAUACAGUUCCACGACGCUUGGUCCAGCUCUGAAUAUGAUCGCAGGGGUGAUGUUGCGACUUGCAAUAGGCUCACACCAAUGCUAGCGCAACAGAUCAAGGAGGAGCUCAACUCUUUCAAAAUGGAAAUGGAAGUUCACGAACUCUCGAAACCACACACGCAUUUCUUCUAAUGACCACGCAUCAUCCCUCAGGGAUAUUCACGGCGUCUUGGCGAUAUUUUCAACCUUACUGUUUGGUCGGGUUUUUGUGCAAGCAGCAUUUACGAGUCCACUCGCAACCUCUGCUUUGUUUCUUUCAACGUCU